CUUCACGCAAACAUCCAACAUCACAGACACCCGCCCACCAACCAACAAUGUUCCAUCUGUCAUGCCAGACGUGUCCCACGCUUCCAAUUCGUGCUGGACCUGCCGGCAGAAGCGGGCCAAGUGUGACAGACUCCUCCCAACAUGUCUCCGCUGCACCUCCUUGAUGCUUCGGUGCCAAGGAUACGACCGACCGAAGAAGUUGGUAUGGACCAAUAGUGUGGCCAGCAGAGGCAAGAUGAUGGGAAAGGUCACAUUCGGUGCAGAUCAAGAACCAAACGAUGAUCCUCUAGCAAAAAGACCCCAUCAGCCGGGCUCCCUCGCAGUGAGACACUCCUGGGAGACGUUGCCUGAAGCACAGCCGUUUUCACUUGACGUGUCAUGGUCCCUCAUUGACCCUGACCUGCAAGACUUGUCCCUUGAUUGCCGGAAGUACAUACGCUACUUUGACAUGGAAAUGUCCAAGGAAUGCGUCGUGUACCAGACAUCCAGCAAUCCCUUCUUGUCCCUUAUGCCGCUUAUGUCCAGGAGUCAUGCCUUGUCCCAUGCCAUGAUUGCAAUAUCGGCCUUUCAUUACUCUCAUCGCCUGGUCAUCAACCAGAUCCAAGUUCCCCGUGCGGAAAAUAGGCUUCUUGAGGUUGACAACACUCUACUGUGGCAUAAAGCGCAGGGACGCGACUGGCAAUUGAGCCAACCAAACUUCUCGCCCUCACUGCGUGUAGCCCUAGCCCAUAAGCAAAGAGCCCUGCAGUUUCUAAAGGCAGAGAUACAAGACCACGAUGUGACAAAUAAUGAUGCCGCAGUGGCAGCCAUUGUUCUGUUCAUAUGCAUGGAUGUGGUCGAGUUUGGUAGUCGGGGAUGGGAGCAUCACCUCGGAGGCGCUGGUGAAAUACUCCAACAGCGGAAAGCUUCCCCUCCUAAUCACAGUCUUGGAACCGAUCACUGGUUGGAAUAUUUCGACACAGCCUACACGACGUUUGGGAUCAUGGGCGCAACACUAGCGCCAGCAAAAAGCUCUUUCGCUCAGCAGAUGGUGUCGCUGGAUCCGUCUCUCUUGAGGACCCUGCGGCAGUCUGAAGACCAGACUUGGGUUGGUUGUCCUGCUGAGUUGCUGUACCUCGUUUCCAUCAUCAACUCUUUGCGAUCACUCUCAACCUAUUCAGGAGCGGACCAGCUGAAGGCCGCAGAGUUGUGUAAAAGGCUCCAGAAUUUCUCGCCAUCAGGUUGGGCGGAGAACUUCCCAGAUCCUGAGCACCAUCAAUCGCGCUCGCACCUUGCGCAUGCUUACAAGGUAGCGGUUGAAGUGUAUGCCUCUCACAUAAUCGGCCCCCUGCUUGAUCAAGGGCAGCAUCUCUAUAAUCUGUAUCUUGAUGUGGCAACUCGAUCCGCCAUACUCCACAUGCUCUCAAUCACAGCCCAGGACUUCCAUGUGAAGAGUAUGGUAUGGCCUGCUUUCGUCAUUGGAGCAGAGAUUCAAGCGGCCGAUCUUAAGAUCAUGAUUCGGGAAAUCUUUAGGAAUAUUUGGAUAUCAUCGUGUUGCUACAAUGUCAGAAACGCCAUUGAGAUGCUGGAAAGGAUCUGGGCCCGAGAUGAUGCCGAGAGGAUGGCAAAGUCCUGGCUCAUCUAUCUCUGGGAACUGGAAGAUAGCUGGCUAUUCCUAUAAUUCAGGUCAAAGGACGUCUACUAAAGUCGAGGUAUCAGAUCGGAGCCCGAGGGCAGAGCUACUGACAAGGAUGAUACAUGUACUUGGUGAUAAGAAGCGAUGCCAAGGUGCCGUGACAGCAUGGAACGAAGCUGCAGGACGCUUAUACCCGGAGGGGACAUGCGGGUCAAGCGCCACUCCUAAAAUGUGGAUCAUCUG